AUGGAGCGGCGGCAUGGGAUCAUGGAUUCACGGAUUCUGAUCACUACAUGCUACAGCACGACUAUGUACCUAUCGAGGGGAGAGGGUCCUCGGUCGCCGACGCUGAGUGGUGCGGUGUCGAUCGAGCAUCGGACGGCGCGUUCGCCAGAGACCCUCGAAGGGAUCGAUCGGCCAUCCGCCGUUCGACCUGGGCUGGCAUCUCAUGUCAGCGGAAAUCCCAUGAAUGCCAUGAUUGCCAUGAUUGCAUUGAUCAUCGCCGUGGAUGGGGAGAUUCGGGUGGUCUCAUACCAAGGGCGUUCAUUCAAGGGCAUUCAUUUCAAGGACCACGCAGACCAUCAUGGUGUCUAUUAUCUCGCUCUAUCCCGCAUCUACACUCUCCGCCGCGUCUUUCUCUCCGGAGGUAUACUUCAUCCCCAAUACCCCUCCGCUGCAUCGGGAUAUUAUUAUCUUGGAGUCUCUCCAAUCGACGACGUAUGCAGGAUCCUCGCGGCGACGCAGGGCCAUCCGACGGAGCUGCAGCCGGAGAUACCGUCGCUUGGCGAAUCAUCGGAUGAGAUCAUAGCAUCAUAG